AUGCUCUCUGUAUUUAAGCCAUCAAAAGCUAUUAUAUCUAGUAUCUCUAGAAGUUUUUCUAGACCUGUGGUCGCGGCAAAAUCACGGCCAUCAUUUGCCAAACUUACUUGCCAACACAACUACUCAACUAAACCGCGUGUGCAAAAAACUUCAAGCUCUGGCGAAAGGGGCCCAAAAUUCCGUUAUUUGAUAAUGAUUGGGGUGGUUAGUUAUGGUGCCUUGCUAUUGGCAAUUGAUGGGGUUGACAAAAACCGUCCUAAGAACAAAUUCUCCGAAGAAGAAUAUGAUCAGCUAGUCCAGGAUGGGUUGAAAAGAAAGCAGAAAGCCAUUGCUGAUAAUGAAAGGGUAAACGUUUUUCUCUUACCAAGGGCAACAGAAGCACAAACAUCAGAAGAAGAAUUGACUAAACUAGGUGCCGACGUGAAGGCGAUCAAACUUGAUGAUUUGAUUCAGGAAGAAAAGAAAGAUAAAGAAUCUAGAUAUGGUCCAUUAUUGAUCGAAUGUGAGCUCUAUGAUACUAAGGUUCCAGUUGGUACCUAUAGCUCAAUGAUUGGUACCAAAUUGCAAGAAUUGAAAGAAACUUCAGGAACCAAAAACUUUGUAGUGAUCGGAUUCCCUGGAUCAAUUAGCGAGUCUAUCAAGUUUGAAGACAAGAUUGUUACCGUUAAAAAUCUAAUCACCUUUGAUGAUGACAGCUCAAAAGACGAUGUUGUCUCCUACUACAAUACUGUUCAAAAGGUGAAGAGAAUUUCUUCAUUGGAUCAAUUGAAUGGCCUUGUCGCCAAAUAG